AUAGCGGCAGGACGGCGUGGGCAGCAGCGGCCCAGGGUUACGUCGGGCGAUCGGCCGCCUCCAUUCAUGCGACCCGAGCUGGCGUUACGGUCGCCCAUGGCCGCCGGGCAAACAAUCGUCAUGUUGCUGCUGGCGUCGCUGCCGCUACUGCUCGCUUUCCUCACGCUCGCCGAGGCCGCUCAAAAUCCGCCGGGCUCGCUGUCCAAAUUCGAAUUCAAGCAUCACGACAAUCGGGAACUGGAGCUCGAGCUUCGCAAGAUUGUGAUGGCCUGCCCCGAUGUCGCGAACAUGUACGAGCUCCGUGAGCGCAGCGUUCUCGGACAGCCACUGUGGGUGAUCGAGAUCACUGAUAACCCUGGGGUUCACGAGGAACUGGAACCAGAAGUAAAGUACGUGGCCAACAUGCACGGCAACGAGGUCCUGGGUCGAGAGCUGCUGCUCGCCUUCGCCUGGUAUUUGUGCGACGAGUACCGGCGCGGGAACGAGGACGUCUCCAGGCUCAUCAAUUCUACUCGGAUACACAUCAUGCCCUCCAUGAACCCCGACGGAUGGGACACCGCAACCAAUUCUCCGUCUGGUGACUGGAUCUUGGGAAGAACCAACGCCAUGGGGGUGGACCUGAACAGAGACUUCCCGGACCUUGAGAAACUCCUGCCAGGAAACCCCAACACCAGGCGCAUCAGAGCAGACCACCUCUUCACGGGAGAUCUUGACCACAGGGUUCAGCCCGAAACGCGAGCGGUGAUGGAAUGGAUCCUCACGAUUCCAUUUGUCCUCUCCGCGAACUUCCACGGCGGCGCGCUCGUGGCAAAUUACCCCUUCGAUAAUACGCUGGAUGGAACUCAGAAGCGGUACACCCCAUCUCCGGACGAUGCUACAUUCAGGCACCUGGCUCACGUUUACGCUUCCAACCACCCUCGAAUGGAAGCCGGGGAGUCAUGCGGCAGCGACGAUUUCCACGGAGACGGUGGAAUAACCAAUGGAGCAGCGUGGUACGCCGUUGCUGGAGGGAUGCAAGAUUUCAACUACCUGGCAUCCAACGACUUCGAGAUUACGGUAGAGCUUGGGUGUUCGAAGUACCCUCCUCCUUCCAAAUUGGAAACCGAGUGGCAAGAUAACAAGCAGUCGCUGUUGAGUCUCACGUGGCAGGCACACAUUGGAAUCAAGGGGAUUGUUACAGACAACCUGGCAGGAAUGCCGGUCACUGAUGCAGCGGUGGAGGUUUUCAACAUCACCGGGGGGCAGGGCCAGCCAAUCCGCCACAAUGUCCUCACAGACAAGUAUGGUGAAUACUGGAGACUUCUCAUCCCUGGAAACUACACAGUGAGGGUGUCGAAGGAUGGCUUCGUGCCCCAAGAGAAGAAUGUCACUGUUGUAAAUAAGCCGAAAACAGAAGCCAUGAGGUUGGACUUUCAACUCAAACCAAAAGUUGCAACUGCAAUGAAAAUGGUUCUCCAGGCUGAAAACUUCCUGAACGAAAAUGCCCAAGCAAGGCUCCCCAGUCUUCCGGAAUACAUGCAGCAGCAUGACUAACUGGCAGCUAGCACAUCAGAGCUGAGAACUGACAUACAGGGAAACAAACAGGAUAUGCAGUACUUUUAUUUUGUUUACCACUGAAAAUAUUUAACUACUUUGAAAGAAUUCAAAACAUAUUUAACUCAAUACAAUACAAAUUUCACAUAUCUCUGACCCUUCCAAACUCGUGAAAGACCAUUGCCACCUUGCAAGCUCUCGGAGAGCUCGGGCAGAAAACACAAUGUACAAAGCACAAGUGGGAUCGACACAACCCACAAAAACACCACAAAUCUCCCCUCUACGACUGUAUUACUAUUGUUAGUAUAUCCGUGCACUGUAAUCUACAACUCCCUGCACAAAAAUACUACACACACGAUGGAAACUUGUGUCAUAAAGAGUUGAACAAACUGUCCAGUAUUCACAAACAAACAAUUCUGUAAUACUGCAGAAGAGAUUUAUUAAUAAACAUGAUUGUUUUGUCACU